GAACAUUUCAAUUUGUUGUGUGCUUGCGUGAAUAAUAAGGAAUUGAAUAUUUGAAAAUGUCUGAGAAAACAAAGUCUUUGAGUCAUGUGAAACAUAUUCCUAAGGAUGCUCAAGUUAUAAUGUCUAUUAUGAAAGACAUGGGAAUAAAUGAUUACGAACCGAAAGUCAUAAAUCAACUAUUGGAAUUCACAUACCGUUAUGUUACCUGUAUUUUGGAUGACAGCAGAAUUUAUGCAAAUCAUGCAAAGAAGAAGUUUAUUGAUCUAGAUGAUGUGCGUUUGGCUGUAAAAAUGCAGCUGGAACGAACUUUUACGAAUCCACCUCCUAGAGAUGUCCUUUUGGAUGUGGCACGAGCAAAGAAUAAUAUCCCACUACCAUUUGUAAAGCCUAAUAACGGUUUGCGCUUACCACCUGAUCGUUACUGUCUUAAUUCCACAAAUUAUAGAUUAAAAUAUACCUCAAAGAAGAUCCACCGCUAUGAGAAUAAACCAUUACAUGCAGUAGUUGGAAAUAACCUAACAAGCAAUCAAUCUAGAAUUAAAGUGGAAAACAGUAAAUCUGGUCUUUCGAUCGUUAAAAGGCCCGGAACGCUUGCCACAGUAGCAAGAACACAAACGAUAUCAAUACCAAAACCUGUCUUUAAAUUUUCAACGGGUUCUACAGGAACAACUACCGUAAAAACACAGGUUGCAAAACCAAAAAUACAAAUGUCUACCAGUCAGUCUGUACCGUCAGUGAAAAUGGAAAUGGAUGAGUCAUUAAAGAGGAAGAGAGAAGAAGAAGAUUACGAUGUGCCGUGAUAAUAUUAUUUGUAAUAUAUUCAUUUUAUUAAUAUCAGCAUUAAUUAUAUAUUUUUCCAAUUAAUCUAUGCUAAUAACUAUAAUAUUUUAUGUAUCGAGAACAGUGGGGGACAGCCUUGUGUUCUAAAAAAACAUGUUAUAAAUACUUUUUUGUCACUUUUUUUUCAUUUCUUCCGUGAUUUGGGAAUAAAUUAUAAAGCUUAUUCAAUGAUUGAUUUUAU